AUGCUCGCCGCCGCCGCCGCCUUUGUGCGAAAUGGGAAACUUCUCAGGGGGGGCACGGACACAGCCCGGCUCCCAGAGGCUGGUUGUCCGGGCAUCGGCUCCGCCUCGGUGGGCACUGAGUGGCUGCCAAGCAGCAGCCCUUCAAGGAAGGGUCCCCACGGGGAGUAUGGUGACCACGCUGGGCCUGGCACCCCCUCCCUGGGUGCGGGACUAGGACGUAUCCUUAACUCCCUGACUUUGCAGCAGCGACAGCGCCGGCUGCAGAAGCUGCUGAUGCUGAUGCUAAUUCGGGCGCUCGGCAGCCGCGGUAUCGAUAUCCAUGGCAACCCCUCGGGGCCACCAGCGCCCUGCCGGGACCAGGGCCACCUACCAGCACCCCUGGAGCACCCCAGCAAGGCGACAAGAACGGUCCAGGAUUGGCGAAGGCGGGGCGGCGGCGGCGGGCAGCCUGCUUCCUGCGGCCGCCUUUGCGCUGACCCUAGCAUGGCGGUGAUGGGGGUGCAGGUGGUGGUGAGCCUGCUGGCGGCCAGCCUGAUGCAGAGGAUGGCCCCGCACUGCUCCUUCGCUCGCUGGCUGCUCUGCAACGGCAGCCUGCACCGCUACAAGCACCCCUCGGACGAGGAGCUCUGCACCCUGGCAGGGAAGCAGCGUCCCAAGAGCAAGCGGGACAGGAGGGUGAAUGGUGUGACAGAUGACAAACCCCUGUCCGUGCCCAGGGACAUCGACCUGCAGCUGGACACCAGCCCCAUCACCGCCAUGGAUGCUCUUGUGCUGCGCUACUUCCUGGACUACCAAUGGUUUGUGGAUUUUGCUGUCUACUCCACUGCUGUCUACAUCUUCACCGAGGGCUACUACUGCUUGGUGGACGCCCAGAAGGAGACCAACAUCGGAGUGCUCUGGUGCCUGCUGACAGUUGUCUUCUCCAUCAAGGUCUUCUUCAUGCUGAUGUGCCACUACUUCCGCUCGGAGGAGGGGGGCGAGCGCUCCGUCUGCCUCACCUUCGCCUUCUUCUUCCUCCUCCUCGCCAUGGUGGCCCUGGUCAUCCAUGAGGACUACCUGGAGUUUGGCCUGGAGCCCGGGCUGGCUGGCGUCAGCAGCAACCUGGAGAAGAUGCUGAAGCAGCAGGGCUGGGAGUGGAUGUUGCCCCUGGCCAAGUUGGCCUUCAAGCUGGGGCUGGUGGCCCUCUGCUCCUUCCUGGGUGCCUGCCUGACCUUCCCAGGGCUGCGCCUGGCACAGACCCACCUGGAUGCCCUGCAGCUGGCAGCUGACAAGCCUCUGAUCCAGGUCCUGCUCCACCUGAGCUUCCUGGCGCCCGUGCUGGUGGUGGUGAUGUGGAUCAAGCCUCUCUCCAGGGACUUCCUCCUCCAUGCACCCAUGGGCAAGCAGACAGUGCAGAUCAUGUCGGACUCAGCCUACAACACCGCUCGGCUCUGGGCCAUCGUGGGGCUGUGCCUGCUGCGCCUGGCUGGCACCCGCUGGCACCUGCAGGCCUACCUGGGCCUGGCCCAGCGCUGGGUGCAGCAGAUGAGGAGGGAAGCAGGCAGGAUCCCUGCCCUGGAGAUCCAGCGCAAGGUCACCAGGAUCUACUGUUACGUCACCGUGGUCAGCCUGCAGUACCUGGGCCCCAUCGUCCUCACCCUGCACUGCACCCUGCUGCUCAAGACACUGGGGCAGCACUCAUGGGGGCUGUACCCAGAGCCCCCUCCUGUGUCUCCAGCAGUGGCAGUGUCACUGCAGCAUCCCCCAGGGCAGGGGCAGGAACAGGAGGAUGUCCAUGUGGCAGUGCAGCAGAUCACAGGCAUCCUGGGCACCAUCUUCACUCCCCUCUUCCUCCGUGGACUCUUUGCCUUCCUCACCUGGUGGGUGGCUGCCUGCCAGGUGGUCACCAGCCUCUUUGGCCUCUACUUCCACCAGUACCUGGCAGCCUCCUGA